AUGGGCUGCGGCGCGACCACCCUGCGCACGCGUGGGGCGAGCUCGCCGGAUCACUCCGAUGAUGAGCAGCAUGGCCGUUGUGAACCAGGGAAGUUCGCUUUGUGGUGCAGAAAAUCGGUUGAUGAGCUGGAAAACGCUAAGAACAAAUUCCAAUGGUUGAUCACCAGCUUGGUGGCCUUCGCCCAGUCCAGCGUCGCGCCGGCGGGACGACUGGUCAUCCCGGUCAGGGCAGGGCCGAGUGCCGCUGACGACCGCGCGCCGCCCAUGACAGUGACCAUUCGAGCUGGGCUCGAUGGCAACACAUUCCAGCUUCAAGUUGCUCAUGAUGCGGGAGUCAGAGAUCUGUCGCAAGAGAUCCAGGCUAAGCUCAUGAAACCCGGGCGAACUUUGGUCUUGACCUCGGGCAGUCAAGUGCUGGAUGAGUCUCAAGAUCUUCGACCACAGCUCUGUGAUGAGGAGGUGAGUUACGUGGCCAUGCAGAUUGGAGCAGGUGAGGCAGCCAGGAGUUUCAAGCGAGCUUUGGAGGAAGAUCGGGCAGAUGAUCCUCAAAACACACAGGGUCCGCCCUGGUUAGUGAGAGAUUUGGAUGCCCUCAAUGCCAUCGAAGCAUUGCACUUCAACUUCGAUUUCAACCAAGGAUUGAAGGGUGUUCGCUUGCCCAGCAACUUAAAGUCCUUGACCUUCGGCGAGAAAUACAACCGCAGCCUCUCGGGUGUCACUCUGCCAGAGAGCCUGGAAAGCUUGACCUUUGGCUGGAAUUUCGACCGACGGAUGACAGGGAUCAGACUCCCCACUGGCCUAAAGACCUUGGCUUUUGGCAAAAGCUUUAACCAGAACUUGGAUCGCUUCAAGCUGCCCAACAGCUUGGAGACUUUGAUCUUUAAUGGUGGUUUCAACCAGAGCCUGAAACUUGUGCCUUUGCCGGCCAGCCUUCAGAAUUUAACCUUCAGCUUUUCCUUCAACCAAAGCUUGCAGGAUGUCAAUCUGCCAGAAAGCUUGCAGACUUUAACCUUCGGCAACGAAUUUGACCAGAGCUUGAGAGGUGUUCAACUCCCAGACAGUUUGAAGAUCUUAACUUUUGGCGGACGCUUUGAUCAGAGCUUAGAAGGAGUCACCCUGCCCAGCAGCUUGCAGACUUUGAACUUUGGCGUGAAAUUUAACCAGAGUUUGGCAAGUGUCGUGCUGCCCAACAGCUUGCAGACUUUGAACUUUGGGGCUUAUUUCGACCAAAGCUUGGUCGGCGUCACCCUGCCCAGUGGCCUGCAGACUUUGACCUUUGGCUGGGAUUUCAACCAGAGCUUAGCAGAUGUGAUCUUCCCCACCAACCUGGAGAGUUUAACCUUCGGAGCGAUGUUCAACCAGAGCUUGGCAGGAAGAACUCAGCUACCAAGCAGCUUACAGAGCCUGGUUUUUGGGGACAAUUACAACCAGAGUUUGGCUGGUGUCACACUGCCAAGGAACCUCCGGACUUUGGGCUUUGGUGAGGUUUACAACCAGAGCUUGACGGACGUGAUCCCCCGAGCAGUUUAG